AGAAUAUUUGCCAUUAUAUGCUCAGCUACAGGGAGGUGAUUCACCAUUUUACUAGUUCCCAAGGACUACUGUGACUUUUGUACAUCUGUCUUGUUUGUCUGAGAGCUCCAAGAACACCAGGGAAGACCACCAUUUGGCUGAAUUUGAAAUGAGCAACCAAGCAAAAGCCAAAGAUGCUAUCUGAACACAGGAUUAGAACUAGAUUUUGAAGGAAAAAUAGCAUCUGUGUAGAAUGACUUCCUUUCUUUACAUGGGCAUUAUGGCGACAGUUCUCUGGCAGGACGGCUGAGGCACCAGAUCUCCAUUUGGCACACCAGCUCAAUGCAGAUCCUUUUUACCUGGGACUCAAAGGACGUGGUAACAAGUGGGAGUUGCUAGAUGCCAAAUGCUGGAUUGUGGGGAAGACAUGGACCUCAACAAGAUAAGAUGGAAGUAACAUGACAGCAUCAGGCCUAGAAGUUUCAUCUGGGAAGGACAGUUAAGACUGGAUCACAAGCUUUACUGGGAGAGCAGUUAUGCAGGAAGCUGGCUUUCAGGCCACAAACGCUUUCACAGAGUGCAAAUUCACCUGCACCAGUGGCAAAUGCUUGUAUCUUGGCUCACUGGUCUGUAACCAACAAAAUGAUUGUGGAGACAACAGUGAUGAAGAGAACUGCCUGCUUGUAACAGAGCAUCCGCCUCCAAGUAUCUUCAGCUCGGAACUAGAGUUUGUUCAGAUCAUCAUCAUAAUCGUGGUGAUUACUGUUAUGGUAGUAGUGAUCAUCUGCUUGUUGAACCAUUACAAAGUAUCAACAUGGUCCUUCAUCAGUCGGCAGAGCCAGAGUAGAAGGCAAGAGGAAUCAUUGCAGCCAGAAGCGUGUUUGUGGCCUUCAGACAACUCUUCUUCACGUCCAGGAGCUUCAGAGAUCAUGUAUGCCCCACGGUCCAGAGACAGGUUUACUGCUCCAUCCUUUAUGCAGAGGGAACAUUUCAGUCGCUUCCAGCCAACUUAUCCAUACAUGCAACAUGAGAUUGAUCUGCCUCCUACCAUUUCCCUCUCGGAUGGUGAAGAGCCACCACCAUACCAAGGGCCAUGCACACUGCAGCUUCGGGACCCAGAACAACAGAUGGAACUCAACCGAGAAUCUGUCAGGGCACCACCCAAUAGGACUAUAUUUGACAGCGACUUGAUAGACAUUUCAAUGUACAAUGCGGGCCCUUGCCCACCAAGCAGCAAUUCGGGCAUAAGUGCAACCAAUUAUAGCAGUAAUGGAAGGAUGGAAGGACCACCCCCGACUUACAGUGAGGUCAUGGGGCAUUAUCCUGGCUCCUCUUUUUUUCAUCACCAGCAAAGCAAUGCACCUCCUUCAUCACAGAGGGGAAGCAGACUUCAGUCUCAGCAAAACAAUUCAGAGAGCACAAUAGUCCCCGUUAAAGGCAAAGACAGGAAACCGGGAAACCUUGGCUAGGUUUCUUUUCCACGUGCACUUGAAAAGAGACGGGAGAAUCAAACGGGGGCAUGAUGGAUGUUUCAGUGCUCCUGUGCACAAUAUUGUUAAGUUUCAUGUAAUACACAGUUUAGUAAAACCAAACGUUCAAAACUGUUUUUAGUUUCUGAUUCCUGUUGGGGGAAUUGCAUGAAAUGUGGUUUAAGAUAAUUACAACCUUCCAUUCAGUUGGCCACAAACAGUGUUUUUGGAAAAUAUAUUUUUUUUAAUAAACUAUUUGAAUUAUUUAAGUCUAAGAGGUAACUUAGCACAGAAUAUGGCUUGUACAGCCUGUUUUAUAUUACGCAAAUGGCUAAAAGGUGUAGAGAAAGAGUUACUAAGUAAAUGGGGGCAAAAUUGGCCAGUUUGCUUUCCCCUCCCCAUCCCUGAGCGUGGAAUUUUUUAUCUCAUCAUUUCUGUUUUGUGUGCCAAGGUAUAAAGUUUUUUAAAAACCCACAAAAACAAGAUGAAUUCAAGGAGUUAAUUUGUGUUGUGAUACAAGUAUGUUAAAUUUGCACUAUCUUUUAAUGUUUUUUUUAAAAAAAUAUAUGAGGGAGCUGUUUAACAUUAAGUUCUUCUAUAUGUUGUCUUUUCACCUGUGGAAUGACGAUUUCUGAACAACCCUCUUCAGGACUUUGCCCAGCCCUCAAGUAAUAAUCAACAGUAUGAGGCUAUUGAAUUUAAUCUAAUAUCUACUAUUUUACAUAAAAAUUAAGUAAAUGUAAGAGGUCUUUAACAUGCUACUUUUGCAAUAAUUUGCAUUCAACAAGCAGUGCAUCAAGAUGUAUUGGAGUUACGGCUGGAAGAAAGGAAAGGUGAUAUGGAAGUUUACCUCCUGGUUUUAGCUAAAAACCAUUUGUUUAGAAGCAGAUGGAAAUGCUGGACACGUUUGCUUCCCCCCCGCCCAAUUAUAACAAACUUCUACUGCUUGUUUCCUUUCUCUUUUUUAACAAUGCCGUGUCAGCAGGUUUUUAUCUCCACUGUAGCCCAUCAUAUAUUCAAUAACAUAACAUGGCAUCCUACAAUAAAUGGUAUUAAAUGCAAGGUGGGUUUUUCCUGUUAAAUCACACUUCUGUUGUGCUUUUAUAGAAUUGUAUGUCUCUUAGUGCUGAGGAUCCAUCUCACUCAAGUGGAUACACCUCAUCAAGUCCUCUCUUCAUUUUACGUUGCUUCUUCAACUGGGUAGGCAUCGCUAAUGGACUGUGUAGAGCCUGUACCGUUAGAAUACUACUGUGAAUUGUCUGGCAAAAUCAGCUGAUCAGGUUGUAACUGGCAUAGCCCAUCUUUAUGCAUUGAUCUGAAUUGGUUACGAAAAUCUACAAGCAAUCAUGUAAUUGGUUUAGGAUCAGCUGCUUUCUUAUUUCAUAUUGGCUUGCUUUUAGGUUGUGGUUUCAAUGUGUAGUAGAACUACAAAAUCCCAGUAAAUUUGUUCUGUGAUAUGACAUUUGAGAAUAAUUGGUUAUUAAUUUUGGUUCUUGCUAUCUGUAUUGCAGUAAAAGCAAACAUUUGGAAGGCAAUUUGACGAAAAGUGGUUGUGAAAUCAAGAGCAUGCACAAAGCACAACAGGCACCUAAUAUGCAGUUAGCCAAUGGACUUAAAAAAAAUCUGAGAAUCAAGAGUCUUAAUUUUGAUAUUCCACAGAGAAUUGUAGUUGCAUAGUGGAGAUUUCUUUUAGACGGAGUCUCCCUUUUCUACGGUCUUAAGCAUAGCAUUUUGCUAAUCAAAACAGUUACGAGUACACAGACUGCACUAUACAAAUGUACUGUACUGUAGCUCUUGUUCUAUUUGUCGAAGCUUGGAGCUCUGUAGGACUUCCACAUAUUAAAGUAAUGUAGAUGAAGCCUGGUCGCUGAACUGAGUCUCUGAUCUAUGCAGAGUUUUAAUGCCAAAACAGCAUGUGCGGUGUGUUUUGCUUUUGUUGUCCUUUUGUAAAAAUGCUUUCAUAAGCCUAAAGUGGCUCAUGAACUCAACAAUGAGCUGGAGGAGCACUUAAAUAAUUAUUCUAAAAACAGAAGGACUUCGUUUGUAGCUGGACAGAAUUUACUUGCAUAUUGUCCUGAACUAGCUCCAAUUUUCAAGCUGCUCUCCUGACUUACGUAGUAUCCCUGUGUUGUCUUUAUUAUCUUCAGUUUGUCACAUAACUGUAAAUAUCUCAUGGUAGCUUUAAUUCCAUGAAUUGGCUAUCUCAGCUAGCAUGAAUUUCUGUAUCUCUCACACACUGUACCUUUCAAUGUAGGUAAAAGUAUCCAGGUGACUUGGUAGUGCCCAUUUAAUAAUACCUGAAGGAUUGAUGUUUAGUGAAAGAGAACUAUCAGAUAUUCUCCAACACCUGUCUCAUUUGACCUUUCUGAGAGAAACAUCUCAAUUAGAUGGUUAGAGAUGGAUCUUGGGUAUGAAUUAAUUCAUUUGAGCUGCUAUAAUGCUUAGAACUCAUGUUGAAUAAUUUUGUGUCUGUAGGAGGAGAGCCCUGUUGUGUUAAUUGGUUAACCAGUCAAACUCCAAGGCCUCUGAAGUGAAGCAGUAAGUCAUUGGAGCUCUGUUGAUCAGACUAGGUACUACCAGGUCAGCAUUAGAUAUUUUAUUACAUUGAGUCCAAGAUUUUCUCAUGGAAUUUCUAUCUCCCAAAAGGGCAUGUGCUUUCCUUUAAGGCAAACCUUGAAUAACUGUUUCCCACUGAUUUGCACACCUGGCUUGAUAUCCAGAUUGCCCUCUUUUUAUUCAAGGGUCCCAUUCAUUUUUGCUCUAUCUUGUAUGGCUCUGGACUGUUCAUGCAUUAGCAACGAAGCCCCUGUCUACCUGCACAAACAGCCAUUUGUGUUUUGUAUCUAAGUAUUAUAAUUGUACACUCUUUAUCCCCCUUUUCCAUUUAUACUUGCAUAAUCUCCAGAAUAACUGUGAGUACUUUUAAAUAGUACCCUCCUGGGCCUUACUGGAACAAUUUUUUUCUUUCUAGAUUCUAAGUAUUCAGAGAAUUAUUCCUGCUGUCAUCUUCUAGAAACUCUCGGUGGUUACAGCAUCAUCCCAGAUUUUGCUUGAUAACAAUAGUUGCUCCAAACCUAGGAUGAACAUGGAUGGCACUGGAAGAGAGUUCUUUUGCAGGUGCUCCUUAAUAUACUGUUGGUAGGGACCCCUGUAAGUAUGUGGCAGAUUUUUUUUUUUAAAGGCCAGGGAUUUGUUGCGAUUCUUUAGUACGAGAAGAUUCUUUUCCUCCUUGGCAAUUCCUGCUGCGAUAUGGAGUGACUGUUAUUGUUCCUUUUAUACUGUGAAAAUAUCAUAUUUACCUGAAAGAAAGAUGAAUAUAAAACGACACCCUCUAAAAGGUUGUGUACACAUUUUUUAGAAAUCAUACCUACCUGUAACUUUUGCCCAGAUUUAAAAAUAUCCAUCUUUUUCUUGAUGGCAUAUCUAGGAUGGGAAAACCAGUCUUGCUUUCAGCUAGACAGGGUACCAUGAAUGAGUUUCAAUAUGAAAUUAGUUUUUAGGAUCCAGAUGAAGUGCUGUUGAAAUCUGAAUUUCAAUGUCUAGUCAUCUAAAGUGGGCAAAGUAUGUUCCAGUAACAAAAAUAAACCCGUUACACUUACAGUGAUAUUCAAGUGUGAGCCUGUUUUUUUUAAUAGGAAAAGACUCUAUUGGUCACCCUGGAACAAAUUAGUAAGCUAGUAGACAUUGUAUGGACUUGUAGCUAUUACCUGCAUGACUGAUUUCAAGCCAGAUAUUAGGAGUAUAUUGGUUUUGAAGAUGAUCCAUUAUUGUCUUUCCAUUUGUAUGUGAAGUUUUAAGUCCCCAGAAUUUUAAUAUUCUGGUAUAUAACAUCUAAAGGAAAUAUUCUGUACAUUUUGUCCAUUGGACUUCUUUUUAUUAGGCUUGUACACAUUGUGGACACCAGUAACCCUUUUUUUAAAGUUUUGCACAAAAUACCAGUAUUUUAAAUGUUCUUUCUUUCUUUCUUUCUUUCUUAGAUUAGUCUCUGAAAUGGUAGUUAUCUCUAUGUUAUAGGGCUCCUUUUCAUUGCUUACAGAGAAAAUACACUUGCAUUAAUUUUAAAAUUGUGAGGGAUAGGAGACUACUUUUGAUCUGUUCUGUAGGUCCUUCUCUUCAAUGAAGGCCAAUGUGGUUAAGGUUGUGCCAUGUUUCUGGAUGAGAACAGUAGGAAAAGUCUAGUUCCAUCUUCAAAGCUAUCAAUUCCAAAAUGGAGCGCUGAGGCUUACAGAGUAAUUUAAGAAAUUAGGUUUAAAUGGUGGUGUUAUACAACUAUAGUGCAACCUUAAGUAGAAAUAUACUUUUAAAAAUCCUUUAAAGUCAGUGGCCUUAGAAGGAUGUAAUUCUGCUUUGGGUAACAAUACUAGGGCCCUAAUGCCCACUCUUCAAAAUGGUUUGGCUUUACAAGAUGUUAUCAGUGAAAAUCAUUUACUUUGUAAGACAUUUCUCGGGUACAAUGCCAUAGAUUCCACCUUCCAGAGCAGCUACUUUCUCUAGGCGAACUGAUUUCUGGAGAUCAGUUGUAAUGGUAGGAGAUCUCCAGCCCACACCUGGAGGCUGGCAACUCUACUUGUACACCAUGAUCACAUGUCACAUUCUCCUGGAGGUGGAGGACAUCUUCAUGGGUGUUUCCCAAUCAUUCUCAGGGAGGCAGGAACUCAAAUCUUGUCAUUUCUCAUAGAAGGGUUGGGCACCCAUCUUGUCCUUCAGUAUUUUUCAGGUGUAUAUUCUCAUUUCUUCACUGUUCCCAAGCGGAACAGAACAUUUUAGGGGAGCUCUCAGAAUCAUAGAGUUGGAAAAGAAUGUAGAGUGUUGACUGAGGGCACAGAGUUUAUGCAGUUUGAGAACUGACUUCUUUGCCAAAAUGUUGGGAUUGACUUGGGUACCUUUCUUAAUUUCCAUCUCUAUGAAUCAUCGUUCCAAAGACACCAUAUAACUUUCUAAGUAUUUUAAGGUAACAAUUUAAAAAGCUGUUUUCUGUCUUGGUGUGUACAUGCAUAUGUGCAAUGUAGGGGGAGUCUGACAUUGCAAACCUAGGACCAAAGUAGACAUGACACCAUCCUUCUGUCCAGCAUGGGGACACCACUGCCAUUCGAAAGCCUAAAAAGAGUGGUUUAAAAAUGUCAUGAGGGCCCAAUCCUGAUCAGGCCUGCCAUACAGUAGGAUAAAGCAUUCCUGUUCAUCCUCUCAUGUGCCUUUUAAGGUCUCUCUUGUAGCAUUUUUAAAAUCACCCAUUUUAGACUUUAAAAUGGUAACUGAAUCGCUUAGGUAGAUAUCAGGAUACACCAUGUCUAGUUUGACCCUGAGUCUCCUGACAGAAUGUAACUGUAGAAUUUCUUUGUAAACAGCAGUGUAUAACAUAUUGGAUCUUACCUGCUUUUUCAUUGAUACAAGAAGGAACUGAGUUUCCUCAUGGAAACCCCAUCCCCAAAUGGCUUUUUGUUUAUGCAGAUUUCACAAUUCCCGGCAAAACAUUUUUCAGACAAAAGCAGCCCCUUAUUUCUCUUGCAUCUGUGGAGAAAUUGGUAGGAUCCAAUCUAAUGACUUAAAAAACAAACGCUCCAUGGUAAACUGUUUCAACCAUCUGUUCAAACCCUAAGUUCAAAAAACCCUCAUUUUAAGAUAAGGUCCAAUUAGUUGUAAUAGCUCUUCUAGAUGUAAAAGCAUUACAGCUUUACACAAUAUUUUGUGAUCUUUUUAAGUUUUUCAAUGGGAUAAAUAAAAUGGAGAGGAAGAUUAUUUUGCAUCCUGCUCUUCCCUGUCACAUAAUAUUCUUGUGAAUGUGUGAUAUCAUGGCAUAAUAGGAAAAACCAGUCAGCAUUCGUGUCCUGAGGGACUGAAACUUUGUACGUAGAACACUGAAUUUCUAUGGUGGGAAUGAAGAAUGAAAAUGAAGCAUGUUUCCAUAACUCCUUGGAUUCAUCUACAUGAUUUUUACUUUUCAGCAUUUGAAAUUAUGUUUUUUUUCCCCAGAGGAAAGGGGUUUUGUGCAUAUGAAAAAUGUUUAGAAUACUAGGACAGUUACUGUGAAAGACAUAAGGAUAUUUCUAGACUGGGAAAAGGGAGAGGGGAGUUGAUUGUCAAGAGUAUAUCAGUCAUUGUGCUUGACAACUGUAGGUCCGUCCUGUGUCUGAUCGCUGCUGGAUUAAAUAACAGCCAAAAGAUCUGGAGUGUUUGCAUCAACGAUGACUUCCAUAUUUGUUGCAAACUGCCCAAGCUAGUUGGUAGGGUUGGAUGCAACCAGCUUUUCUGCUGGUGGAAAAGGGAGGAGGGAAUCCAUACCAAAACAGCUGUGGUAGGGAUAAUGAGAUCAGUGCAGACAAAAGCCUUGAGGGACAGGCAGCAGCAAGGAGAGCGAUUAAGCGAGAUGGAGUAAAAAAAGUGAGUUGGAUCCAGCUUUUUGUGUUUAAUCGGCUUCAGGAAGGUAUUAUCUGGAUGCAGCUUACUCACACCUUUUGCCGAGUGAAACUGACCUCCUUAAUUGCUUAUCCUGUUUUUAUAAUGCUGUAUAGAAACCAGUCUUGUAUUUUCAUAUAGUUGUGACUGCUAGAAAAUUGUUCCUUGGUUCCAUAGGAACCAUUCUUCCCGCCCUUCCCCCUGGCACAACAGUAUGAUCAUGGCCAUGCAGACUCCUAGAUCUCUGCUGCCCUGAACAUACUCUAAUACCACACUGUCAUUUGUUCUUUUGUCCAUGUUUUGAUGUAAUUCAGAAAAUCCAGAUUUUUUUUUCAUAAUCAUCUCUUUUUGCUGUUUAUCCACCAAUAGGCUAAAGCACAGAUCCACUGUCUUUUUGAUUACUACUUAAACUUUCAUAGCUGCAGUAUUUUCUGUGGUCCAACUUGUAUUAAAAAAAAGAACUAUCUUUUUUUUUACUGUGAAAAGAAAUGCAAAAACAAGGACAACUCUAGAACCAGCAACUGUGCUAAACUUGCCUUUUGUGAGCUGAUGUAUCAUGUGUUCCCUUUGUACUGAGAAGGCAGUUGGUAGCCUAAUUUUUAAGGAACAAACAGUUACUAACUUUGCGGAAGGGAGGGUUGUGUUGUGUUAUUUAGGGGACUCUUGUAGAAGCAAACCCUACUAUUUUAUAUAGGCACUGUGGAGAAGAAUAAGUGGGAGGAAAAACUUGAAACAUUGCAAUUAAAAUAUCCAAACUCAUUUUCAGUGACAUUUCUCUCUCAAAUUUAUGUGCCAUGCACAAAAAUACUUUGAGGUAUGUUCUAAUGUACUUGUUCCACAAGAUUAACCAGUAUAGCCAAUGGAAUUUUUAUCUCGUGCUUCAAUAUGGUGUACACUUGUGUAGCUGCAUUUAUUGCUUAUGUAUUCCAAUUUUCAUGAUUUUUCUUCCAGAGAUAGCGCAAGGACUUAUUUGAUGAAGCUGACUAAUAGUACUUGUUUAUUUCUAGUGUUGAGGUCAUUCUGCAUUUCCUAGUUGGAGACUGGUCUCAGAGAAUGUAGCAGGUAUUUGGUCCAUUGGAUAGCGGGGAAAUGAAAAUUAUUUUCACUUUAAUGUCUCUAUUGCUUCUUAUCUAGUUCCUACUAUUCUUCCUCUUUUUUGGGAAGUAUUAAACUAUUAAAAAUUACCCUCCCCAAGGCCCUUUUGAUUGGUGCAGAAAUGGCCAAGUAAUGAAGUGUGCUUCAAGGCAGCAGACUACUGUGAUACAUACCCAGACUUGCUUAUCUUUGUCUGUGGGUAUAUCUUGGCUCAUAUUUGCCACAGAUUAUCUGUGGCUCUUACUUCAUGAAUGGAAGUUAAUGAGUGGCACAACUCUGUUGUUCAUGAAUGGCACAACUCUAUUGUUGCUUGCUAUUGCAUGUUGUUUAAAAUAUCCUCUUAAAUCACUAAUCCUCUUAAAUCAAACAUCUGAGGUACGGCUCCUUAAAAAAAGGGGACAUGGCAUGUGCAUCUCUCUGAGUAGAGUUGGAAAACAGGAAGCAAAUUUGUCUCCUUUUCUUAAAUACAGUACAGGAUGCUGAGGUUUCCCUCUCACAAAGGACUAUUUCUCCAGUUAUGUAUUAGAAUCCUUGGGGGUAGGGAGGAGAAAGGUUUCUGAUGCUACUUGUGCCUAGAAGUAGAUUUUAAGAUACUAUAUGAUACUUGAUACAGAGUAAGGCAGGGCAUGAGAUGAGGGUUUGAUCAAUGCAAUUAGUGAUGCUAUCUGAGAACUUUCUUCCUAAAUUAACUCUAAAUAAUAUAAUAGCAUUGCUUUUGCUAUAAAUCUUUCUAAAGAGAGUUUCUUAAACAGUAGAUUAUGCACAAGUUCAUGCAUAUAUUAGUGAAUUAGUAAGCAUAGUUAUCUCUCAAUAACUUGAAUGAGUUUUGUGCUGCUAGUUAUGGUUACAACCAGUGUGUCUACAUUUUACUAUAGCAGGCAAAUACUCCCCACAUGGAGCCAAGCUAGGAAAUUAGUCCUGUGUGACUCAAGUAGUGGUGUUCAUAAUUUGGAUUGUCCCUCUAGCUUAAAGUGAGACAUGUAAGCAGCCAUAAGGUAACAGUGACGGUUAAAUGGUAUUGGUAGGACAUGUCUACAUAGGGAAGGUAAUGUGACUCAAUGGAGGAGCAUUUACUUUGCAUAGAGAAAGUCUUUGGUUUAGCCCCUGCAAUCUCCAGUUAAAGGAUCUUAGGUAGCAGAAGCUGGGAAAGACCUUUCUCUGCUUGGAGAUCUAUUGCCAGUUGGAGAAGACAAUGUUGAACUAGGUGGUCCUUGGGUAUAAGGCAGCCCCAUGUGUUCACAGGAGGGUCUAAUUGGGGUUGUGUGUGUUUGUACACUGAAUCAGUCUGCCCUGCCCCCAUGCUUUUAAAAGCAUUGUAAGGAUCGAAAAAAAUGUAUAUUCUUGGCACUAAUUCGUGAUGUCACCAUAAUAUCAUGUUUUAUUGAUGACUGAUGUUAUGCUGCUGUAAGUGGACGGUCAAUUGCCCCUUAACAUAAAUUUUGAAAAUAUUGAUGCUCAGUGCAAUCCUUUACCUGCUAAUCACCAUCAAUACAAAAUGUUAAAGCUACAAAUAGGAAGCCCUAAUACUUUAUUUAAACCAUUUUACUUCUGUUUCUUGUAUGAGAGAAGCCGAAAGGGAAGGCUGAUGUAUCUCUAAACCUGUAACAUGCAACAUGGUCCUUCCGAUUGGAGGAGAGCCCUUUGUUCCAGUCCCACCCAUAAACCACGCUUAUUUAGGUUGCUAUUCUAUGCUUGCUUGCUUGGAAACAAGUUCCUCUGGACAUCAGUGAAAACAUCUUUCCAUUCAAGUUUGUACAGAAGCGAGAUAUUAAUAGCUAUCUUGAUGCUUUGUAAAAGAAUGUUGUAUGUGUUAGGUUUUUGCGAGAGGCUUUUGGCUCUCUCCCCCUUCUCAUUCUUGUCUUAGUUGAUGUUCUACUCAUCUCUCAUUGUAGAUCUUGAGCAAAUAGGAACUCCGCCCCCUGCAUGCUCUAGCCUUGUUCUUUCAAAACCCAUUGAAGUCAGUGCAAAGACUUCCACUGACUGGGAUGGCUCUUGGAAUCGGGCCUUGCACUGCCACUUUUGUUGUGCCUCACUUAAAAUGGUGCUUUUUUCAGUCUCUUCUCUUCCGUUUGUCUCUUCUGAUUUUGAUUUGUAAGGUGCUGUAUAUAACUUGAAUAUAUUAUGCACAUAUCCUACCCAGUGGGUAGAACAAAUACAAAACCAUUGUUAAUAGUGUAACAUAAUGUAACAUAAUGUACAGAGGAUAACUGUUUUUGACACACAGGGCAUAGAAUUUGUGAAUGCCUGCUUGCAUGCUUUGUCCUUCUUUUAUAACGGAAUUUGCUUACAAAUGACACAACAUCUAUGUAUUUUUAUUUUCUUAUGAAAUAUCAAUAUACUUAUAAGGCGAAAAAAGGAAAGCUUGAACAAACCACUUUUGAUUAGCCCGUUGGUCACAACUGGUUGUCUGAUGCAUUUUCACUGUGAGGAAUCGUGUGUGUGUGCGUGUGUUUGCAAGUGUGUAUGUCUCUUUUAAAAGAUUAAAAAAAUCUCAGCUUUAACGUUGUUGCUAGCUGCUGCUUUUAUUCGUUGCUUUAUUGUUAUGAAAUUGGACCAGUGUUGGUCACUUUCCCCUUCAGCUAUUCAUUUGUCAUGUCAACAUAAAGAUGGGCCAAAUCCCUCCCUCCCUGUUAUAUUCCUUGUAUUCCUUCUCCCAUCCAAACACUUGCCAGGAUCAAUCCUGCUUAGCUUCCAAGAUCAUGUGAUAUUAGGUCAACCUGGGCUUUCCAGGUGAGGCCGCAUUUGAAAAACCAGCACUUAAAUUUUAAGAGUUGAUUGAAGUGGGAGCUGGCUUCCAAGCCCACUUGUAUGAAAUGCAAAAUGAAUAAAAUAGAUUUUUUUUAUUUUGAAAAAGCAUGAAGCUGUAGUUCACUUCUAAUGAAGGGUGG